GUGUUUAGCAAUUGAUAGUUGGCGACAUUGAAGCAGUUUCAUUAAUGAAGAGUUGUGAUUGUUAAUUUAAUAAAACGAAAAGGAAAAGGUAUUAAAAAAAUUCUUCAAGAUGGGGAAACGCCAACAUCAGAAGGAUAAAAUGUACUUGACAUACACGGAAUGGUCAACAUUGUAUGGUGGAAGAAAAUCUGGAACUUUAGAAACAAGUGAAGAGAAAACAUUCAGACGUUUACCUUACGACCAUUGUUGUUUGACUCUACAACCUUUUGAACAUCCUUACUGUGAUGCAAAUGGAAAUGUAUUUGAACUCGAAGCUAUUCUAGAGUAUUUAAAACGUUAUAAGCACAAUCCUGUAACAGGUAAACCAUUGGAUGCAAAGAGUCUUAUCAAACUAAAUUUCCACAAGAAUGCACAAGAUGAAUAUCAAUGCCCUGUUCUCUACAAAUUGUUCACAAAGCAUUCGCAUAUUGUCACCAUUAAGACCACAGGAAAUGUAUUCUCUCAUGAAGCUGUUGAACAAUUGAAUAUAAAAGCUGGAAAUUGGAAGGACUUGAUAAGUGAUCAGCCUUUUACGCGAAAAGAUAUUAUCAUGAUUCAAGAUCCAAAUGAUGCAAUGAAAUUUAAUCUGUCUACAUUCCAUCAUAUCAAGAAUAACAUAAGAAUGGAGGAUGAAGAAACAAUAAGAGAGCGAAAUAAUCCAAACGCGAAAUUGAAGACCGUUUCGACAGAGACCAAAGAAAUUCUAGCAGAGCUCGAAAGAGAAUACAAGCCAACAAAAACUAACACAGAGGACACCUCUGAGCAAAAGGCUGAUAAAUUUAAUGCGGCACAUUAUUCCACUGGCGCGGUCGCUGCUGGAUUUACCUCGACAGUGAUGCCAGCAGAGACCAUCCAUCAAGCGGCUGUAAUUGAGGAGGAUCUAGUACGAUACGAGAGAGUUAAGAAAAAAGGGUAUGUAAGACUAUUCACGAAUUUCGGAACCUUGAACUUGGAAUUGUUCUGCGAUCAGGUUCCGAAGACCUGUGAGAACUUCAUUAAACAUUGCCAAAACGGUUACUACAACAGUACGAAGUUCCAUAGGUCGAUACGAAAUUUCAUGAUUCAAGGUGGCGAUCCGACGAACACUGGUGACGGCGGCGAGUCGAUUUGGGGUAAACCGUUUGAGGAUGAAUUUAAACCACUUCUGUGUCAUCUGGGCAGAGGCAUCCUGUCCAUGGCAAACUCAGGUCCGAACACCAACAGAUCCCAAUUUUUCAUCACGUUCCGCUCGUGCAGAUACCUGGAUCGCAAACACACGGUCUUUGGGAAAAUAGUCGGCGGUUUCGAUACGUUGAAUGCGAUCGAAAAGGUAGAAGUGGACAACAAAGAUCGGCCGAUAGAAGAUAUAGUUCUGCAGGGGGUUCAGGUCUUCGUAGAUCCCUUCCAAGAAGCCGACGAACAGCUUGCGUCGGAACGUGCCGCCGAGACAGAACGGCUAGCUCAAGAGGCGAAUCAGAAAAAUUCAGCGGACAAAACCGACAAGAAUGAAAUCCAGAAAGUUUAUCGAUCCGGCAUAGGAAAAUACGUGAAGCUGGAGCCGGAAAAAUCGGACAAAUGGGACUCGAACGCGGAACCUGUUACGAAGAAGAAGAAAAAUCUAUCACAAACUUACGGAGAUUUCUCCUCCUUCACAUUUUAAUAUAUAUAUAUAUAAAUAUUGAACAUACGUUUCUUAAUUAGUUUAAGAUCAGUGGUCAAGUAAAAUAUAUCUGUAUUUAUAUCAUUACUAAGUUUCCCUGACUUUGUGUAUAUAUAAUCUCUGUGAAAAAUCUAAGAAUAUAUAAGCAACGUUAACGCAAAAUUCUAUUA